AUGUCAGGCACCACUCCAUACAGACACGUCAAAGAAAACCAGGGAGGCACGCUAGAAUUCAACGAGGCACUGCCUCAUAUCGGCACCGACGGCUGCGUCACCUGUGUCGGCGUAUAUUUCCCCAUCGACGCGAAAAGAUGCUUCUGCGCCCACAUCAACGCCUACGUCUCUGUGAACGAUGGCCGAAGCACGGAAUACGACAUCUUGACAACCAGAGAAGGCGAGGAAGUCAAGAACAGUGUACUUGCAAGAUUGCAGAAAGAAGCGUCGCGAUCAGGUUGGAAAGCCCAAGAUGUCGUUGCUCAACAUCCUGAGCGCGUGAUCCUCGUCUGUCCGGACCUGAAUCGGGGAGAGAGGAGUGAGAGUCGAGUGGGUCACUGGGUCGUCGAAGCUUUCAGAGAAUUUCUGGGCCAUAUGGAAGGACUUUUGGAAGUCGACUCCGAUUCUCAGGGAUUCGUGGUGAAUCACGAGACUAGAGAGAAUCGGAGAAUCUCUAGCAAGGGGCAUGGGGAGGGAAUUGAUGAUGGGGUAUUCGAUGGCACGGAGAGGAAGAAGAUGUUUGAGAAGAGAGUGGAAGACUUUGAUAACCGUGAUGAGUGGUUCUUUGUCGUGGAAAGGAGUAGCGCAGAGUAG